AUGCCUAUCCGAGCAUAUUGCACUAUUUGUUCGGAUUUCUUUGACCAUUCGAAAGACGUCGCUGCGAUUCACUGCGGACACACGUUUCAUUAUGAAUGUCUACUCCAGUGGUUCCAGACUGCCCCAACCAAGACCUGUCCCCAGUGCAGGAAGCAGGUCAGUACCAGACACAUCAUCAACAAGCUUUUCUUUGACAUUGGGGGUGAAGAGGAUGGAAACGUGGAUCCAGAGUGUUUACAGAAUGAGCUUGAUCGCGUUAAAGCUCAACUCAGCACUAAGGAGAGAGACUGGCGGGACAAACACAAGAUUAUCGAUGGACUUCGGGACACCGUGGAAAAACAGAGGAAAGAUAUGGACAGUUUACGCAAAGACGCCAUGGAGAAGGACAUGCUCUGCACCGCACUUAGGAAACAAAUGUCUUACUUGGAAACGCAACAGAACGACAUCCAAGCGGCUAAAGAGGAAGCCCGAAGACUCCGCACAAAAAUGAAAACAUACGAAAGCUUGGACACCUUGCUACAGGGCCAGAGAGCAGAGGUGGAGUCUAUGAUCAUCGAUAUGGGAGUGAGUCAGGCCGCAGUGGAGCAACUCUCGAUCUACUGCAUUUCUCUCAAAAAAGAGUACGACAAUCUGAAGGGGAGUCUCAAGAGUUCAAACGAAAUGUGCGAAAAGCUCAAGAGGGAAGUGCUUUCAACCAACAACAGGCUACAAAAAGCCACAGCGGAGGGGAACCAGGCUAAAGAAGAUAUUAAGGCUUUGCACAAGGAUCUGAGCGCUGCUGACAAAGAAAUCUCGAGUCUGAAGAAGAAGAUCGAGGUGCUGCAGAACACCCUGAGCACGCCCACUCGCACAAACGAAGCCCUCAGCCGCCUCGUAUUUGAGAGCCCCGCCCCCCUGGAUCUGAAGCAUCCACGACUACACCAGCCCUCAGAUAGUGACGACAUCGACCUCAACAUAACCUAUGACAUCACCACCCCCGAGGACGUGUCCAAGAAGCCGUCUCAGGUGCCCGCAAAGAAGAUGCGCUUUGACCCUCUGCUAGCGGCUGUGACGAAGCAAAAUGAGAAAAGUACAUCUCUAAACAAGCCCCGAGGUGAAGGUGACCCCAUGGAUCCUUUUUUGAAGAAUUCUCUUCUGUUUCGAAAGAAAACCUUUGGCAGCAUGUUGGACCCUCGGUGUACUGGAGCGGUCAGAAGUGGCUAUGAUGGACUCGGUGGAAGGACUAAAUUCAUCCAACCUUCUCCACUCGCGGAGCUCCGCCCCCUGAUGAAAGCGAAGCGGAAGAAGGUGACCCGGCCUGGACCCAAGAUUUCAACUUGCCUCACUUUGGACAACUUUCUUGAGUAA